GAAAAAAAAAAAAUCCAGAAAUGGAAACUAAAACGACACAUCUCUUCAUCGCUUGUGCUUCGCAGUCAAUUCCCCGCGAAUCUGCGCGUCGGUAGAUAGAAAUCCAAGAAAUUGAUUCAGUUUCUUCCAAUUCUUCCAGAUUAUCAGUCCUUGAACUUGCCAACUGCCUGGUUUUUGACGAAUUGGCGAUCGCAAUCGGAGGAGAAACUCCAACUUAAUCAUGAGAAGAUCGGGGCACCAUUUACAUCGGGCCAAUCCGAAGCAAGGUGCAGGGGGCUUGAAGGGCUUGAUGGGAAGGUUAUCAAUCGCUGUGAUUGUUCUCUUGAUCUGCACAGUUUCACUGUAUAUUUCGUCGACGAGCAAAGCUGGCCUCGGAUCCGUCUCUCGCUCUGAGAUCAAGGCUGAAGAACUUUGGAGUCCUGCUGAUUCUGGUGGUUGGAGACCUUCCUCAGCUCCGAGAUCCGAUUGGCCACCUCCACCAAAGGAAAGCAAUGGUUACUUGAAAGUUCGCUGUAACGGGGGUCUGAAUCAACAACGCAGUGCGAUUUGUAAUGCAGUUCUUGCUGCUCGGAUUAUGAAUGCAACACUUGUAUUACCUGAGUUAGAUGCGAACUCCUUUUGGCAUGAGAAGAGUGGCUUCCAUGGCAUCUAUGAUGUUGAGAAUUUUAUAAGGACACUGAGGUAUGAUGUACGAAUUGUGGAAAGCAUUCCAGAUGUUCGCAAGAAUGGGAAAACUAAGAAGAUAAAACCUUUUCAGCUCCGACCCCCUAGAGAUGCCCCAAUCAGUUGGUAUACUUCUGUUGCUCUUGAGAAGAUGAGGGAGCAUGGUGCUAUAUAUCUCACUCCGUUCUCACAUCGUUUAGCAGAAGAAAUUGACAAUCCUGAAUACCAAAGAUUGAGAUGCAGGGUUAAUUAUCAUGCUUUGAGAUUUAAGCCACAUAUUUUAAGAAUUAGUCAAUCAAUAGUUGAUAAACUCCGCAAUCAAGGUCAUUUCAUGUCUAUUCACCUUCGUUUUGAGAUGGACAUGCUGGCCUUUGCAGGGUGUUUUGAUAUUUUUACUCCUGAAGAGCAAAAGAUCUUGAAGAAAUAUCGAGAGGAAAAUUUUGCAAAGAAGAGACUGGUUUAUAGUGAAAGAAGGGCAAUUGGAAAAUGCCCCUUAACUCCAGAGGAGGUUGGUCUCAUUUUACGUUCCAUGGGGUUUGACAAUUCUACCAGAAUAUAUCUUGCAGCUGGUGAACUCUUCGGCGGUGAACGAUUCAUGAAGCCAUUUCGUGCCUUGUUUCCCCGCCUUGAGAACCAUAGCUCCGUUGAAUCCUCAGAGGAACUUGUUGAAAAUGUAAGGGGACUGACCGGGUCUGCAGUUGACUACAUGGUUUGUCUCCUUUCCGACAUCUUCAUGCCAACCUAUGAUGGGCCAAGCAACUUUGCCAACAAUUUGCUGGGGCACCGUCUUUAUUACGGCUUCCGAACUACAAUAAGACCAGAUAGGAAAACUCUUGCACCAAUUUUCAUUGACAGAGAGAACGGAAGGACAGCAGGUUUUGAAGAAGCUAUUAGGAGAGCUAUGCUCGGCACACACUUCGGUGGGCCACACGAACGCAUUUCACCAGAGUCAUUCUAUACGAAUUCUUGGCCCGAAUGUUUCUGCCAAAUGUCACCAAAAAAUCCUGCUGAUAAAUGUCCACCAGAUAACGUGUUGGCGAUUUUGAACAGUCGAUUGGUGGAAACUCAAAGAGACAAUGAUUUGGAUGUCUCAACUCAAACAAAUUCAACAACCUCAGUAGGAAGAUGAGAAACAUAUAUCAAGAUUUUAGCAGUUCAUUCUAACUCCACCACGCCAACAAUACAGUUACCAAUUCCAAUUGAAUAGGGUUCAUUUACCAACGGCACAUGCGUUCAGGUCAUUUCUUGCUUUUGUCAGGUUCGUUCGGGGAUAUAUUUUAGCGUUGUGAGACAACAACAAGAGAGUCGUGCUCAUUCUCUUUCGAGAUGAUGGUGGGUUCAUCUGGGGUGUGUACAAUGCACUUUCUUUAUAUGUUGUUCUUCUGAGUGUCUUAUUUUGUAAUGUAGAAUGUUUUGUUUAGAGAUGUCAAGAUGGUAGAAUUAAGAGGACUGAAUUUUAUUUACAUGUUACAGUUUUUUACACUGGUGAGUUUGGGAUAUCUUUGUUCGCUUUUCCAUGAGUGGAUACUUUUUUGGUUCUAAAAGGGAAAUACCCCUAUUAUUCCUUUCUCA